CUCAAUUUCAACAUUCUAUUUUGACUUUAUAAGACUUGAAUGAUCUCUCACAAGUACGAGUUUUCCUAUAAAAAGUGACAUUCAGGGCUUGAUCCAAUCAAAAUAAUAUUUUGGAUUUUAGAGUAAGUUGUGGAAAUGAUAAGAGUUGGUGUGUUAUCUCUAGUGGUUUUGUGCUUCAUCUCGUCUUUGAGGGUUAUUAAUGCCACAGAAGAAGAUGAAGCUGCAGCUUUGCUGGCCUUUAAAAACAAUCUUCACGAUCCUACAAACACUCUUAAGAGUUGGAACACCGAUAACGGCCUGCCUUGCAGUCUUUUAGUUGCCCUUUGGUUGCAUAUCAGCUGCAACUCAAAGCAAGUUAUACGAAUUGACCUCGGCGGACAGAAGUUAAAAGGGAAACUGGUCCCGGAUCUCGGAAAAUUGACUGCUCUGCAGAGUUUGUAUGUUAUUCUCAAUAAAGUUUCAAUGUUUGAAUAUUGGAUUUGGAUCCAAGAAAACAUAUAUAUUGCUAUCUCACUUCAACAAGCUAGAGAGUUUAGAUUAAAGAUACAAACCCAUGAGAUGAGAGUUCAUCAUUUUUAUUAAAUUAAAGUAACAGACAACGCCAUUAAUUUAAUAUUUAUUUUGGAUGCUCGUACGGUAGGAACUGUUUGUCCCAUUUUUGUUACGUUAGUCGUGUCUAUUUUCUCUUC